AUGUACGUUGGAUAUCUACUGGAUAAAGAAAGCGGCAUGUAUCAUCAAGGACCAGUGAGAAGAUCGAGCAUCAAUCUCCCUCCUCAGAACUUCGUUUCCACGCCACAAUACCCCGACUUCACGGGAUACCAUCAUGUGCCAAACAUGGAUACGCACGCACAGUCCGGGGCCAGCUGGGGCCCUUCGUAUGGGGGUCCAAGAGAGGACUGGGGCGCGUAUAGUUUGGGGCCCCCUAACGCUAUUCCACCCCCCAUGAACAACUCAUCUCCUGGACCGGUUCCGUACUGUUCCCCUGAGUACAGCCACAUGCAUCCUCCUGCGCCUGCGGUGCUGCAGCCGCCGCAGGAGAACGUUUCAGUUGCGCAACUUUCUCCUGACAGGGAGAGGCGCAGCUCCUAUCAGUGGAUGAGUAAAACGGCGCAGUCUUCUUCUACAGGUAAAACGAGAACGAAGGAGAAAUACAGGGUAGUGUACACGGACCACCAGAGGCUGGAGCUGGAGAAGGAGUUUCACUUCAACAGAUACAUCACCAUCAGGAGGAAGUCCGAGCUGGCUGUCAACCUGGGGCUGUCCGAGCGACAGGUGAAAAUCUGGUUUCAGAACCGCAGAGCCAAGGAGAGGAAGCUGAUCAAGAAGAAGUUGGGUCAGUCUGACGGCAGCAGCGGUUCUGUCCACAGUGAUCCUGGUUCUGUGAGCCCUCUGCCGGUACCGGGUUCUCUGAGCCCCACGGAGAUCCACAGCUCCCUGUACCCCCCUCAGGGAAUGAACACCCUGCCGUCCAUCAGGAACAUACAGCAAGUUACUGUGACUCAGUGA